GCAGAAUUCAAUGUCAUUAAUGUAACCAAGAGAGCCCAUGUGCCCUCAUUUUUGGCAGUUUCAUCUACAGAAAUGGCAUCUGCCCUACAUAAACAAAGCAGAGAGGUUAAUAACACAAGGACAGCUUUUUCCUUCAUAAAUAGCAGAGGAGAGGCCUCUGCUUUCCCACUGCGGCUUUGCAGGUUGGUUGGUUGGUUGGUUGGGUUUCUUUUGUUUGUGAGCCCAAAAGAAUGGCGGUUUCACUUCUCUCUUUUACUCUCCUCUUCCUCCUCCUAGCUUGCUCUCCUGUUUUCCUGCU